CCAGGGGCGGAGCCGGCGCGGCAGGGGCGGGCGCGGCUGCUGGAGUCCAGGGCUCCGCCGGCCGCCCGACCCCCCACGGCGUCGGCUGCUCCGUGGCUCCGCCCCCUGCCCGCGCCCCCGCCUCCUCCGCCCAUCUCGCUGUCCGGGUCUCUCUGGUAGGCCCGCCCUCCCGCCCUCCGCGGCUCUUCUCCGUCUCUCUCCCUCCGGGAUCGCUGAGCGGCGGGCGGUUACGAGUGUCGGGCCGCCGCGUCCUCCCGUCCCCGCGGCCCCGGUCGUGUCCGGUUCUCGGCAGGCUCGUUAGUGGCCGAGAUGACGCUCAAGUCGAGCCGGAGGGAGAGCGUGAGCAGCAUGCGGACGGCCCUGUCCGACCUGUACCUGGAGCACUUGCUGCAGAACCGCGCCAAGCCCGAGGUUGCUUCCUUCCCCUCAAAUUCUGUGACUGAGGACAUAUACACCAAUGGAUCUGCUGCACCAGCUAGUCCUGGGCCUGGCCAAGGCAACCACCGCCACCGGGAGCCCCGGAAAGUACGCUUCAUCCAGUUUGAGAAGGUCACAGAAGAGCCCAUGGGAAUUACUCUGAAGCUGAAUGAGAAACAGUCGUGCAUGGUGGCCAGAAUUCUCCAUGGGGGCAUGAUUCACAGACAAGGCUCCCUUCACGUGGGAGAUGAGAUCUUGGAAAUCAAUGGCAUGAGUGUGACUAACCACUCUGUUGAUCAGCUACAGAAGGUGAUGAAAGAAACCAAAGGAACGAUCUCCUUAAAGGUGAUUCCCAACCAGCAGAGCCGUCUCCCUGCUCUCCAGAUGUUCAUGAGGGCCCAGUUUGACUACGAUCCCCAGAAGGACCCCCUGAUCCCCUGCAAGGAGGCGGGCCUGAAGUUUGCCACUGGGGACAUCAUCCAGAUCAUCAACAAGGAUGACAGCAACUGGUGGCAGGGCCGGGUGGAAGGCUCGGCCAGGGAGGCCGCGGGCUUGAUCCCCUCUCCGGAGCUGCAAGAGUGGCGAGUGGCGAGUGUGGCCCAGUCAGCCACUCGGGCCGAGUCCCCGAGCUGCAGCCCCUUUGGGGGGAAGAAGAAGAAGUACAAAGACAAGUACCUGGCGAAGCACAGCUCAAUUUUCGAUCAGUUGGACGUUGUUUCCUAUGAAGAAGUCGUGCAGCUCCCAGCAUUCAAGAGGAAGACCCUGGUGCUGAUAGGAGCCAGUGGGGUAGGCCGGAGCCAUAUCAAGAAUGCCCUGGUCAGCAAGAACCCAGAGAAGUUUGUGUACCCAGCUCCAUAUACCACCCGACCCCCCAAGAAGAGCGAGGAAAAUGGGAAGGAGUACCACUUCAUCUCCACUGAGGAGAUGACCAAGAAUAUCUCGGCCAACGAGUUCUUGGAAUUUGGCAGCUACCAGGGCAACAUGUUUGGUACCAAAUUUGAGACGCUGCACCAGAUCCACCAGCAGGACAAAGUGGCCAUCCUGGACAUCGAGCCCCAGACCCUGAAGAUCAUCCGGACAGCAGAACUGUCCCCCUUCAUCGUGUUCGUUGCUCCGACCAACAAGGCCCAGCAGUCGGAAGCUCUGCAGCAGCUCCAGAAGGACUCCGAGUCUAUCCACAACAGAUACGCACACUAUUUCGAUCUCACGCUCGUAAACAACGGUAUCGACGAGAGCCUCCAGAUCCUGCAGGAGGCCUUCGAGCUGGCUUGUAGCUCUCCCCAGUGGGUCCCCGUCUCCUGGGUCUACUGAGCGCCCUCUUCACAGCUAGUCCAGGCUUGCUGCUUCUGCUCCUCAGCCUCCCCCUAGCCCCCAGCCCACCAAAGAUGGAUCAAUCUUUGGGGCUUGGCCAGAAAGGCCCAGGUGGCACCAGCCAAGUCCCUCCUCCUGACCCUGCACGCAUAAGCCUCUCCUUCCUGCUGCUGCAGCUGAUUCAGCCCCUCCCCACCACCCCUGUCUGUGGGGGAAUGAAAUGCCAAAAACAGGGGAAACUCCUGUGCAGGGAAGCCUUAAGUAGCAAUAAAAAUGCCAGCUUUGUCUCA